UGACAUUACUAAACGUGACAUUUUUUACUUCAAAAAAAUUUGAACCAUCCGAAAAUCCUAAUUGAAUACGAAGGCAUCUUGUAAAUUUGAUGUAUUCUUGCCAAGAGAAAUGUAAGCGUAUGGAGAUAUUUUAUUAAUUGGAUUUUUUGUCUGUUGCUAUUAUUGAUUGCAAAGUUCUUUUUUGUGAAAAAUAAAAAAAAUCCUACUAGUGACAAAAAUGUCAUCAUGCAGUGUUCGAAAUGUCCCUAGAACAAAUAAUUUUACUACGACAAAUGAACUGUCAGUUUUCCGCGAUUCUGAAAUUAAAGAAGUAAAGAAAAUUAUAAAAUUUCAUAUAUUUUUUGUAAAUUUAUAGUUUUUGUUAUUGCCCGUUGUUGUACAUAUAGUGUAAAUUUUUGUUAUGUUAUAGAUUAAAUGUGUGAAGACUACUUGUGCAGUUCCAGGGAGAUGUCGAAUAAGAAUUCGUUGGUGAUAGGAAAUAACACGGCUGGACUAAAACAAAUCGAUCUGGAUCAAAUAUGGGGUGAUCUGAAUGCUGGAAUACAGCAGGUGUAUAACCGAGAGACUAUGCCAAAAUCCAGAUACAUUCAAUUGUACACUCAUGUAUACAACUACUGUACAUCUGUUCACCAGCAGUCAAAUGGACGAGGUCCAGCAAAUUCAACCACGAAGAGCAAAAAAUUGGCUGUAGGAGGUGGUGCACAGUUGGUUGGACUGGAGUUAUACAAAAGGCUGCGGGAGUUCCUAAGGAAUUACCUAGUCACUUUGUUAAGUGAUGGAAUGCAUCGAAUGGACGAGGACGUGCUUAAAUUCUACACAAACCAGUGGGAAGACUACCAGUUCUGUAGCAAAGUGCUGGAUGGGGUGUGUGCUUACCUUAACAGACACUGGGUGAAACGUGAAUGUGAGGAGGGUAGGAAAGGCAUCUAUGAGAUAUAUCAACUAGCUCUAGUCACAUGGAGGGAUCAUCUGUUCAAGUCACUCAAUAAAGCAGUAACCAAUGCUGUGUUAAAACUGAUAGAAAAAGAGAGGAACGGCGAAACAAUUAAUACACGCCUCGUUUCUGGCGUGAUCAACUGCUAUGUGGAGUUGGGACUCAACGAGGAGGAACCUGGAGCCAAGGGACCGAACUUGAGCGUGUACAAAGAGAGUUUUGAAAAUGUUUUCUUGGAGGACACUGAAAGGUUCUACAAUAGGGAAAGUACGACUUUCCUCGCUGAGAAUCCCGUCACAGAGUAUAUGAAAAGGGCCGAACAACGUCUUCUCGAGGAACAGAAACGCGUUCAGGUGUACCUGCACGAGACGACCGGCGAACGGUUAGCGAAAACCUGCGAACGAGUCCUGAUCCAGAAGCAUCUGGAGUUGUUCCAUUCUGAGUUCCAGCAGUUGUUGGAUGACGAUAAGGACGAAGACUUGGGCAGGAUGUACGGCUUGGUGGCUCGCAUCCCGGACGGUCUCGGAGAGCUUCGGGCGUUGUUGGAGCACCAUAUCGCUGCACAAGGCCUGGCUGCUAUCGAACGGUGCGGCGACAGCGCACACAAUGAUCCGAAGGUGUACGUAAACACCAUUCUCGAGGUGCACAAGAAAUACAACGCGUUGGUGUUAAUCGCGUUCAGCAACGAUAGCGGGUUCGUGGCCGCCCUGGACAAGGCGUGCGGUCGUUUUAUAAACGCCAACGCCGUCACCAAACAGGCCAAUUCGAGCAGUAAAUCGCCUGAGUUGCUCGCCAAAUACUGUGAUCUGUUGUUGAAGAAGUCCAACAAGAACGCCGAAGAGGCGGAGCUCGAAGAUACACUCAAUCAAGUCAUGGUAGUAUUUAAGUACAUAGAAGACAAGGACGUGUUCCAGAAAUUUUACAGUAAAAUGCUGGCGAAACGUCUCGUUCAACACAUGUCGGCUAGUGAUGACGCUGAAGCGUCAAUGAUCUCGAAACUUAAACAGGCUUGUGGAUUCGAGUAUACUUCCAAAUUACAGAGGAUGUUCCAGGACAUUGGUGUAUCCAAAGACUUGAAUGAACAGUUUAGAAAUCACCUACUUAAAUCAAAUGAUUCUCUAGGAAUAGACUUUAGUAUUCAAGUUUUAUCUUCAGGGUCGUGGCCCUUUCAACAGUCUUUCACAUUUGGCUUGCCUUCAGAGUUGGAACGAAGCGUACAUAGAUUUACAAAUUUCUAUUCUGGUCAACAUUCAGGUAGGAAAUUGAACUGGCUGUAUAAUAUGUCCAAAGGGGAACUCAACACGAAUUGCUUUAAAAAUAGGUACACGUUACAAGCCAGUACAUUUCAAAUGGCUGUGCUGUUACAGUAUAACGUCGCAGACGGUUGGACGAUAGCUCAAUUAGAGGAGAACACGCAGAUCAAAAACGAUUUUCUGGUGCAAGUGGUCCAGAUACUGCUCAAAGCAAAGCUGUUAACGUGUACUGAUGAUGAUAAUGACCUCCAGCCUAAUUCAUUAAUAGUUCUCAAUACAAACUUCAAAAAUAAAAAACUGCGCGUGAAUAUAAACAUACCAAUGAAGACAGAAUUGAAGAUGGAACAGGAAACGACUCACAAGCACAUUGAGGAGGACAGAAAGUUACUGAUACAGGCAGCAAUUGUUAGGAUUAUGAAAAUGCGCAAGGUGUUGAAACAUCAGCAACUGGUCGCGGAGGUACUCAAUCAGUUGUCUUCUAGAUUUAAGCCUCGAGUCCACAUCAUAAAGAAAUGUAUAGACAUCCUCAUCGAAAAGGAAUACUUGGAAAGAACUGAUGGUCAAAAGGAUACUUACAGCUACUUAGCAUGAUUUUGAGCAGAGUGGCGCGUUUUAUAAAUAAUUUAUUUUUGAAAAAAAAACAGAGGUUUUGUGAUUGUGGACAUGUGGCAUGUAUAAUUGUAAAUAUCCUAGAAUUGUAUUUUGAUUCAAAUUAAACAGCUACUAAAUAAACAAUUAUGUAUACUAUGUUUCACUGAU